AAAUGAGCACCUCACGACCAUUCUAAUGCAAUAAAAUAGUUGACGUGAUUCCAUUACUCACACUAUAGGUCACGAAGCUAACUCUUCAAAUGCUUGGCACUCUCCUCGCCAACAUGGGACUGAAACAAGAGCAUUUUGACGAAAUAAUACCAAGCGAAUUUAUUUGUUCUCAUUGCCACGAUGUUUUUCUGGAGCCAGUUUGCUUAGCUUGUUAUCAUGUGCUAUGUAAGAAGUGUUUCAAGAAGAGGACGAAACGCAAAACACCAACGUGUCCUCUUUGCAAGAAAGCCUUGUGUUUGGGUGACCAAAGUGUUGAUGGGAAAUGGAGACAGCAGUACGAAAGCCUUCAAGUUAAUUGUCCGAAGGGAUGCGAAAAAGUGCUGUCGCUAGGAAACCUAAAUGAUCAUUGCUCUAAUCACUGUCCACUGACUUUCACAGUUUGCGUGAACGGCGGUUGUAAUCGAAAGGUACGGCGAAGAGACCUACCAUUACAUCUCCAACAUUGUGACUUUAGAGUCGUACAGUGUGAAGGAUGUGGGUUUUCAACAAAAUACAUCAAUUUACGAAUGCAUCGAAUCGUUCAGAAGUGUCUCCUAAGGACUAAUUUGCACAUGAUUGUGCAAAACCGCCGUGAAAUGACCGCGCGAGUGAAAGAGCAUCGUCUGAAAUUGCAGGAGGAAAGUUUUCAAGUCGAGCUCGCGGAAAGAGAUUUGAAUCGCGCAAAGAUGUGGAGUGCCAUUGCCAGGAACGAAAUUUCUAGAUCCAACACUCCAAAUCAUCUUGCACUCGGAGGGAGACAUUCUCCAAAAUUAACUGGUUGCAAGAGGGCUUUACCAAGAGUGGUUCAUAGCGCCCCAUCUUCUCCGGUGAUGUCCUCGGCAGUGACCUCUAGAACUCCCACAACUCGUAGUACUACUAAUCUAUGUACUAAUUGCAAGAAGCUAUUUAGCGAACACCGUAACCAUGAUGAAGCUUGCAGGUGGCACAAAGGGCCGGUUGUGGAUGUGGUAAGUGACAAACUUGUUUUUUCAGACCUAAGAAUAAUUUUUUUUCUUAAAAUAAAAGAUAUAAAAUAAUAAUAAUAAUAAUAAUGAUUGUCACUGCUAAUCGCCGUCACAAAGUACUGCAACGACGCAGCUCAACAAGGUUGAACCAAAAGCUUACAAGUUCAACUUUUGGCUCAAUUGAGUGGCACAAGAACACAAAAUGCAAAUUGUUCACAAAGAAACCUUUUUUUUUUUUCUAAAUUUUUUACCUGGUUUUGAAUUUUAAAGGAUUGCAUUCCUAAGUAGCUGAGUUCUUUAAGACAGCUCACAUGCCUGCCAUCAUUAAUUUUCUUCUUGUGUUUCUUUUCUUGCACUGAUGCAUUUGUUGUGAUGUCCUCCUCUUCAGUUUGUAAGUAAAAUUCCUCUUUUAUAGUUAAUUUUUUUUUAAAUAAUGAGAUACUUGAGUGGAUUGAACACUGUUCUUCAGUUGAAACUCAAAAUGUGGUUACUUGUUAUCAUUUUUGUUUGUUUUUGAUCCAAGCUAGAAGUUAGGAUUGAAUUAAACAAUGUAAUGCCAUGAGACUGGUAAAAUAAAACUAAUCAAUGCGCAACGUUUUCAAUUUGCAUGAAUCGGUGAGUAAAUUUAUACUUAUUCUCAACAUACAUGGUCAAGUAAAGAAUGCUACAGCUUAAAUCUGUUCUGGUUUGACCAACAUGGUAAAAUAAAACUAAUCAAUGCACAACGUUUUCAAUUUGCAUGAAUCUGUGAGUAAAUUUAUACUUAUUCUCAACAUACAUGGUCAAGUAAAGAAUGCUACAGCUUAAAUCUGUUCUGAAACGCCUCCCGGUAGCUCAAUGGAUAGAGGGCUGGACUGUAGUGCAGGAGGUCUAGGGUUCUAGCCCGGGCCGGACCAACACGCAAGGUCUUAAAAUAAUUGAGAAGAAUUUGCUACCUUUCUAUAACAUCAAGAAAUGGUUAGAUA